CAACCAUCUCGCUUCUCGCAAUCUCCCACCUUCGAACGAGAUCGAGUUCACAGUUUUGGUUCACUGCUGCAUACUUCCCUAAAGAUCACGCACUCAUUCCCAUUCUCACAAUGUCAUCCUCCACUGCUCUCCUUCCCAAGGAUCGCAAGAAGGAUGAUCACCCCAUCUUCCUUCGUGUCUGCCACUCGCCAUGGAUCAGCAUUGGCCAGAAGGCUCUCGUCGGUCUUCGAAGCUUGACUGCAGCAUACCUCUUGGUCAGCUUCCUGGCGCUCAUCAAGUACGAGCUCGAGCGCAACAAGGCUGGCUUGGUCACCAUCUUCAAGUUCUCGAACAUUGCGUGCUUCAUCCAGCUUCUCUACCAUGCCAUCGCAGCCACUUACACCGUUAUGCAUCUCUACUACCCUCACCAUGGUAGCCAACCCAAGACCUGGAAGACUCGCGUUCAGAGAUUCUUGUCGCCACCCCGCCAACACUCUUCGACUCAGAACCGCACCUGGUUCAGCAUCUUCUACUCUGCAGCCAACACCUUUCCACUUGUCUCCGCUGCUAUUCACUGGUUUGUCCUCGUCCCAACGAAGCAUGCCACCAUUCCAGGUGACCACACUUUUGGACAUGGCUGGUACACAACCUUCUUCGUUCUCGACAAAUAUGCUAUCUGUGCUGCCAUUGCUUUCUUUGAGGUCUUCUUCCUCAGCAGCAUCAAGCGCCAAGAGGCAAAUCUCACCCUGCUGCUUCCUCACAUGCAAGCUAACAUUCUGCAGCCACUCGGUUGCCACCUUGCCGGACUCGUGUUCCUUGCCUUCCUCUACAUUGGUUGGACCUACAUCGGUUACGUUGUCGCUGACAAGUAUGUGUGGUGGUUCCUUGACCACAAGCAGGUCAAGUGGGAGUAUGUCGUCGCAUCCUGGUUUGGAUUUGCUGCCUUGACAGACAUUUGUUUCUUUAUCAUUUACGGCAUCGCUGGUCUUCGUGAGUUGUGCACCAAGAAGGGUGAGCACAAGAGCCGUGGUUACCAACAGCUCCCACAGUAGGCAUCAUGACCGUGGUUAUUGAUUUGGUGCGCGGUAGCUGGAUUGGUAUCAUUAGAUUGUCUGGAGGCUUUAUCUGUUCCUUUUCCUUUGUCGCCACGGAUUUGCUCACGUUGAUUAGCAGAUUGAAGACUGUCUGGGUUUGAGAUUGAGUUUCGCCAUCAUUAUCCUGUCAUGGAAUGCUCUUUGACAGUGUUACUCGUAAGGCCAGAGCUUCCU